AUGAGAGCUGGCCGAAAUCCGUCGGCACUUGUGUAUGGUGGCGCUCGUGGCGGCACCUCGCGGCCCGUACGCAAGACGUGCGCCUGCGACCGCAAUGCACUCUUAGCGCUCGCGGCGGUGUCUAGCGGCCCGUACGCAAAUUUGGUCCGCGGCGGGUUCCAGCCGCGCCUUCCGACUUCGCUGCCGCCCCCAGGGCAGCAGCAGCAGCAGCCGUCGCCGCUACCACGCCGACAGCCCGUCCCGUUGAUGCCUCCCGCGCAGCUUCAUACGGGAGCGCCCCGGGUGGUCGCUCCGGCGCCUGCGGUCCCUCUUCAGUCGCCACCGCCUUCGGAGCAGAUGGACGUCGACCCCUCAGCCGGGCCGCCUUCCCAAGCGGUGGCUGUGCAGCCUGUACUGCAGCCGCUUGCCUUGGACACCCCCAAGGAGUCUGACACCGCAGCGCCUUGUCCGACGCCCACUCAGCAGCCGUCGACGCAGCGUCAGGAGACGCUGCCUCUCUUCGUGGGUCCCGACGCCCCGUCGCGUCCAGUACCAGAAGCUGCGCCCGUGGUCACAGGCGUGCACCCUGACCUCGGUUUUCAGUCGGUGUUUCCCGAGGCCCCGCGCAGCCAAUGCUGGGACUAA